AUGUCAACUACAAUUCCCUAUGAUCCAAAGACAGUCGCCUUGUUGGUCAUAGAUAUGCAAGAAUCACUUCGAUGUGAGAUUUCUGAUAUAAUCCCAAAUGUGCAAUCUAUUGUAAAAACUUGCCACGAGAAAGAAAUUCCUAUUUUUUGGACUCAACAUGGUCAUAGAAAUCUAGAAUUCGACGGAGGUGCUGUUGGAAAAUGGUGGGGUUCUAAAAGCAUUAUUUGGGGAUCUGAAGAAUGGGAAAUUGUGAAAGAACUGAAGCCAUUUAUUUUGCGUUCUCCUACUUCGAUUGAUGUCCUUGACUUUAUAAUUAAAAAUAAAACACGCUAUGAUGCUUUCUACAAAACUGAACUCCAUUCUUUGCUUAUUUCUCUUGGAAUUAAAACUCUUAUCAUAUCUGGAGCUGAGACAAAUUUGUGUUGCGAAGCAACAGCGAGAAGUGGCUUUGAUCAAGAUUAUAAUAUUGUUUUCCUCAAAGAUGCAACCGCUACAGAGAAUGAAAAAAUGCAUGAAGCAACUUUAUUAAAUCUAAAAUAUGGUGUAGCCGAAAUUUCCACUGUUACUGAAGUAAUUGAAUGGCUGAGAAAGCAUUAG